AUGGCCGCGGUUCGACCUCUCACUGGGAUGCGUGCGCCGAUGACGGGCUCCCUGCGGCCCACGACGACCUCCGGCGGCGGCACCACCCUCGGCCGCAUUCAAACGCAAGUCCAGGAAGGGACCUUCACGGCGACCGUUUACGGCUUUAUUCGCGAUUCCCAAUACGCCGAGGCGGUGGAGCUGCUCUCCAUGCAGCUCGAGGAGUUCCCGCGAAGCCGCGCGGCGCUUUCGCUAAUCGCGUAUUGCUAUUAUAUGAUGGGGGAGUACAUGGAAUCCGCGAAAUUGUACGAGCAGCUCGUGCAGGUUUGCCCGAACGUCGAGGAAUACCGCGUGUAUUACGCGCAGGCGUUGUACAAAGCCGGGGCCUACCAAGACAGCACGCGGGUCUGUAGUAUGAUCGAAUCGGAGCAAUACGCGAUGCGGAUGACGAAACUUCAGGCCGUGAUCGCCUACGAGCAGGAGGACACCCCGCAAACGAAAGGGUUUUUGGAGAAAUCCCCGAUGGAGGACCCCGACACCGUCGUCCUUCAAGGCUGCGUGCUUUGCCGGGAAGGCAGUUAUGAAGAGGCGCUGGAGAAAUUUCAAGAAGCCCAAAACACCCUGGGGGAUAAGCCGGAAUUGAUGUAUAAUAUCGCCCUCGCGCAUUACCGCAUGCAGCAAUACGCGUCCUCGCUCAAGCACAUCGGCGAGAUCAUCAACAAAGGGGUCAAGGAGCAUCCGGAGCUCAACAUUGGGAGUAAUACCGAAGGGGUAGAGGCGCGUUCGGUGGGGAACACCCCACUUCUCAAAGAAACCGCUCUUAUUGAGGCUUUUAAUUUAAAAACCGCGAUCGAAUUUCAAAUGCAAAGCUUCAGUGCCGCCAAGGAAGCCCUGACGGAUAUGCCCCCACGGCAGGACGAGGAGUUGGACCCGGUGACCCUGCACAACACCGCCCUCAUCAACAUGAACGAUGACCCGGCGAGUGGCUUCAAAAAGUUCAAUUUUCUCCUCCAAAACCCACCCUUUCCUCCCGAAACCUUCCAAAAUUUACUGCUUUUUUAUUGCAAAUACGAGUAUUAUGACCUGGCGGCGGAUGUGUUGGCGGAAAAUCAGCAUCUCGCGUGGCAAUUUCUCUCGCACGACCAGCAGUCCCUUUACGAUUUCCUCGACGGCCUGAUCACCGCGCAGACCUCCCAGGCCGAGGCGUACCGAAAGUUCGACAUCCUCGCGCAAAAGCACGCGGACCAGCUGCGGAAGAUGACGAAGAAGAUCCAGGACGCGAAACAACGCCAUGAUAAGGAUGCCGUGAAGUUGGCCGUUCGCCAGUACGACUGCGCCCUCGAGGAGUAUAUUCCCAUUUUGAUGGCCCAGGCGAAUAUUUAUUGGUCUAUCGAGAACUACCCGAUGGUGGAGAAGCUCUUCCGGCAGUCCGCCGAGUUCUGCUCGGAGCACGAGGUGUGGAAGCUGAACGUGGCGCAUGUGUUUUUUAUGCAGGAAAACAAAUUCCGCGAGGCGAUUCGCUAUUACGAGCCCGUGGUGGCCGCCAACCAGGAAAAGAUUCUGACCUGCAGUGCGAUUGUCCUGGCGAAUUUGUGCGUGUCGUACAUCAUGACCGCCCAGAACGAAAAAGCAGAGGACAUCAUGCGCCGCAUCGAGCGCGAGGAGGAAACCCUCACCUACAAUGACCCGGAUAAACAGCCUUUACACCUGUGUAUUGUGAAUUUGGUGAUCGGGACUUUGUACUGCUCCAAGGGCAAUUUUGAGUUCGGGGUGUCGCGGAUUAUCAAGUCGUUGGAGCCCUACCACCGCAAACUCAUGACGGACACGUGGUUUUACGCCAAACGCUGCUUUUUGGCCCUGGCGAUGCACCUCGCAAAGCACAUCGUGACCCUAAAAGACAACACGUUUGAGGAGAUUCUUUCCUUUUUUGGCCAGGCCGAUAACUACGGCGAACACGUCCCGGCCUUCACCCACCCCGAUCCGUCAAAGCAGGAUACAUCCUCGCGAAACUCCGUUCGCUGGGAGGCUCGACAGCUUAAAAAUUUGUAUCUUAUCUUGCGCGAUUAA